AUGAGCGAACCGCCCGAUAAGAACAGCUCCACUCAAGAAGGAUCCACAAAUCCAAUGUUUCCAGAGAAAAGCAGUCAGAUUGGACAAAAGCAACUGCAACAGAUAGAACGGCAGUUGAAAUGCUUGGCGUUUCAAAACCCUGGACCACAGGUGGCGGAUUUUAACCCCGAGACAAGGCAGCAGAAAAAAAAAGCACGGAUGUCGAAAAUGAAUGAAUAUUUUUCUGGGAAGCACAAAGUCAUGAAGAAGUAUGACAAAAGCGGCAGGCUGCUCUGUAAUGACAUGGACCUGUGUGACUGCCUAGAGAAGAACUGCCUGGGCUGCUUCUACCCUUGUCCCAAGUGCAACUCCAACAAGUGUGGACCUGAGUGCCGGUGUAACCGGCGCUGGGUUUAUGAUGCCAUCGUCACGGAGUCUGGGGAGGUCGUCAGCACCUUGCCGUUUAGUGUUCCCGACUAG